CUUCAGCGGAAAAGACACAUUGGCAACGACAUCGUGGCUAUUAUAUUCCAAGAAGAAAACACUCCCUUUGUUCCGGAUAUGAUUGCUUCGAAUUUUCUGCACGCCUAUAUUGUCGUUCAGGCAGACAAUCCAGAAACGGAUAAUACGUCCUAUAAAGUAGCUGUCACAGCACGAGAAGAUGUCCCGUCUUUUGGUCCUUCACUGCCAAGCCCACCUGUAUUUCAAAAAGAUCGGACACGGGCUGCCUUGUUGGACAACUUACACGAUGAACUCCACAUCCACACGCAGCUGAUGCUGGGCCUAGGAUCCGAGGAAGACAAGCUGGAGAAUGGUGGGCAUGGCGGAUUCUUGGAAUCGUUUAAGAGAGCGAUCCGUGUCCGCAGCCACUCCAUGGAGACCAUGGUUGGAAGCCAAAAGAAGCACCAGCCUGGAGGAAUCCCUGGGAGCUUGAGUGGCGGGAUUGUGCACAACAGUGUCGAAAUAACCAAGACCACCUUCUCUCCUCCGUUAGCAGCAGCAACAGCCAAGAAUCAAUCGAGGAGUCCUAUAAAGAGACGAUCGGGCUUAUUCCCCCGUCUGCACACCGGAUCCGAAAGCCAAGCAGAACCCCGGAGCCGAUG